ACCAAUCGAUAUACGCGCCGCCGUCGAGUAUCGUCGCACUUGGUCGCACUUCGCGUCUCCAGCUUUCUGCGACUCACUUCGCGUCAAUUGCUGUCGGCUACCGCACAAGCGUGUUGAUACCUUGAACGCGAAUAACUGCGCGUGGGGUUCACGCGAUUGUGAACGGCCGCGGUGAUUUCUUGUUCGCGAGGAGGCGCGAGAUCCAUUCGGGAACGGAGGCGUACGAGGUUAUGGUUUGACGUUCUCUGCGCUCGUUUCGCGCGACGAUGGAUCUACCGACUCCGGCCAGUCUCAAUCACAGCGGGCUCGCGCACACCGCGGACGGCUUUCUGAAUCUUCCCCUCGGAUCGUCGGCCCUGGACGCCCUGUCGACGAAACGGAGAAGCUCCUCGCGCACGAUAAAACGCAAGAAGUUCGACGAUGAGGUGGUGGAGACGACGUUCAACCUGCAACCGCCCACAACGAGCGGCAAGUCGGCGUCCAAGUCGCGGACGAUCCCGGUGGCCCCCGUCCCCAUGGACGUUCUCCCCACGCAGACGCUACCUGUUCCGAUACCAAUACCGACCACCCUGGCGCAGUCGGACAGGUGCAAUCGCAGGCCCAGCAGGCCGAGCGGCUCGAAUCCCGGGCGGAAGAACAAGAAGAGCAAGAACCAUUCGCACUCGAUCAACGCCACCAAAGACCUCGGUCGGUGGAAACCUGCCGACGACCUGGCGUUGAUCACCGGCGUGCAGCAGACGAAUGAUCUGAGAAUGGUCCACCGGGGUACAAAAUUUUCCUGCCGCUUCACGUUGCAGGAGAUACAGCAGAGGUGGUACGCGCUGCUGUACGACAGCGCAGUCUCGCGCGUGGCUGUGCAGGCUAUGCGCAAUUUGCAUCCCGAACUAAUAGCCAGUAUUCAAGCGAGAACUUUGUACAGCAAGGCGGAGGAGGAUCUGUUAGGGACUAUUAAAUCGACCUCUCAACCGACGUUGGAAGUGUUUCAAGAAUUGCUCGAAGCGAACGCACAUACGUUUUAUCCAGCUAGGACCACGAAGGCGUUACACAGCCAUUGGCAGCUGAUGAAACAGUAUCAUCUAUUACCGGACCAGACGGUGCAAAGCUUGCCGCGAGGCGAGCACGUGCUGAGCUUCUCGGACGCCGAGGAUAUGAUCAACGACACCGAAUUGAUGGAAGUGAAAGAUGAAUUAGUGGACGUCGAGCUGGCAACGGUGGACAGAAAGAAUAAGAGAGAGAUUAAAGUGUUGGAAAACGAGCUUAGCAGGUGGCAGGUGCUCGUCGACAGCGUGACAGGCGUCAAUCCCCCAGAAUUUGAUAAUCAAACCUUAGCCAUCCUCAGGGGAAGACUCGUCCGGUAUCUCAUGAGAUCUAGAGAGAUAAGCGUAGGACGCUCCACAAAGGAUCACGCUGUCGACGUGGACCUCGGUUUGGAAGGUCCGGCAUGGAAAGUCUCGCGUCGACAAGGUACCAUCCGUCUAAGGAAUAACGGAGACUUCUUUCUGUCUUCCGAGGGAAAGCGGCCGAUUUUUGUGGACAGCAGACCAAUUUUGGCCGGCAAUAAGAUGAAGUUGAAUAACAAUAGUGUAAUUGAGAUUGCAGGACUGAGGUUCAUAUUUUUAAUAAACCAAGAGCUCAUCUCUGUGAUACGACAAGAAGCCGUCAAAUUGAACUUGAAUCCUUGAGAGAUGUCGAGAGAGAAAAAACGAGAGACAAUAUAAAGUAUCGUAGUUUGUAGCGAUUAGUAAAACGCUUUUCUUACACCAUCUACUUUUUACAUCUGAGAAUAACACAUUGGUACAUCGCGGUGCGUAGGUCCUUACUCGCGUACUAAUACCUUUUAUAAUUUACUUGUAUAUUCGAUUGUGUGUGUGUGUGUGUGUGAGUAUCUUAAAGCAGAUAUUUUUUACGAGACCAAGUCAUUUCUUUCGGAGCUUGCCGACCAAACUACGGAUUAUGCUCGUUUCGUAGUACAUAAAAAAAAAGUAAUUUAGUGCAUAUAUAUUAGCUUUGAAUAGACAAUAGAUUAUUUUUAGCAAUGUUCCUACAUCCACUCAUAUACUCAAUUAGACUAACUGAGUUAAACUACGAACAUGUUGCUUAGCGGCAAUAAUACACAUCGAAGCUACUGUAUAUACACUUUUAAUAUAAAUUGUAAAUUGUCACGCGUACAAUCGCCUGUGUAAUAAACGGAACUGAAUGUGCAGAAUUG